GACGGAGUCGAGGAAAUUAAAAGGCAUCGCUUCUUUGCGUCUAUAGACUGGGAUAAGUUGUACAGGAAAGAAAUGAGGCCUCCGUUCAAACCCACUGUUGGUAGACCCGAAGACACUUUUCAUUUUGACCCAGAGUUCACUUCCAGAACACCAACAGAUUCGCCUGGCAUCCCGCCAAGUGCAAACACACACCAGCUGUUUCGGGGUUUCAGCUUUGUGGCAACUAAUCAAACUAAUCAGGAGGCCAGUGUUGCACCGGUGGCGCCUUCUCGACAGGAAGUGAACAUCAACCCCAUUGCACAGCAUAUUCGCGGAGACGUAGCCUUCAAAGAUGUGUAUGAGCUGAAGGAAGAAGUGGAACAGACAGGAUCUUUCGUCCGCAAAAGAUGUUUGCACAGAGUAACAGCUGUGGAGUAUUCAGUGAAGGUAUGGAGCUGA